UACCGGUUUAAAUGAUGUGAUCUAGCAGUCCAACCUAAAAAGUGUGUCAGGAAUGUCAAAGUCUGUGUUGUUCACUUGAUAGAAAAAUAAAUAACAGUAAUAAUGGUUUUCGACAGAAUGUUCGCACGGGUAACAUUUUACCCCACGUUGUUCUACAAUGUGGUUAUGGAAAAAAUAUCGCCUCGCAGAUGGUACGAUAGGAUCGACGACACCGUAAUUUUGGGGGCACUUCCAUUUACCAGUCUCACGAAAGAGCUUGUCGAAAAGGAGAACGUAAAGGCCGUGGUUUCCAUGAACGAGGAUUACGAAUUGCUGUUAGCGAACAACGGAGAAAAGUGGAAGAAGGUCGGAGUUUCAUUUCUUCAACUGGCUACAACUGACAUUUUUUCCACACCCUGCCAAUCAAAAUUAAUGGAAGGCGUACGCUUUAUAAAUUUGUUUGUUCAACCUAAUGAAGUUCAGAAUGACAAAUCAGAAUCUUCGGUGUAUGUACACUGUAAAGCUGGCCGUACCAGAAGUGCCACCUUGGUUGGAUGUUAUUUGAUGCAGAGAUACGGUUGGACUCCAGAACAAGCUGUUCAACAUAUGCAGGAAAAAAGACCUCACAUUUUAUUACAUACCAGACAAUGGGAAGCUUUAAGGAUAUUUUACAAAAAGAAUUUACGAGUUUUUGACAAUAUAUAAUGUAAUAAUUAGAUAAGAUAUUUCCUAGUACCUUUUAUAUGUUUCUUCCAAUAUAGAUUACAUUUCUAAUACAAUCAAGAUUGUGAUAGGAUUUAUAAAAUUAAAUAAAAAUUACAGUUACAA